CCGGUAAGUCGUACGAGGGUGGCACGAGAUCGUACGAGUACGAGGAGGAGCAGGCGUACGACAAACAGGGGACGACCCCCUACGAUUCCAAGUACGAGUUGACCAGCUCCAAGAGCUACGAGAGGGCGAAGUACGAGGGGUCCUCGUCCUCGAGGACUUACCUGCACGACAAAUCGUACGAUCAGACGUUGAAGAUCGGCGAGUUGGGGACCACCUCCUCGUCCGGUGGUUACGGGAGGAAGGCGCAGGAUCAGGAGGAGACCGCCGCGGAGAAGAUGAACGGUUACAGGAAGAACAAUUUCGAGGCGUACGGCGUUUAUUCGGACCCCGAGGACGAUCACGGGUUCCUGGCCGAGAAAAAGACUCCCCAGUAUCCGUACAAGGGCGUGGUGGUGAACGUCAGCGGGGAAUCGAGCGUGAUCGAUCAGAAACGGGCGAAAGACGGAAGGCAGACCGAGGUCGUGGCCAAUUCUUGGUGCAGGUUUACCAUAGUGCUGCUCUUGUUGGUCCUCCUUAUCGUUAUCUUCGUAUUCGUCGCUGGAAUCGUCCUCUACCUGAACUAUAUGUCCUACAAACCGCAGCGGCCCACUAUCGAGGGUAAGGAUCUAAAUUUCGCCAGUAAUAACGCCGAACCUUGCGAGAAAACGUACUGUUCUUGGGGCGCGACGUGCGUCGUGUCGGAGAACGGGAAACCUUUGUGCCAGUGUCCUACGGAUUGUCCUUCGACUUCCGAGCCUGUCUGCGGCUCCGACAACGUGACCUACACCAACUAUUGCCAUCUACGGAAGAGCAGCUGCCUCGAGAGAAAAAGCACGCGGGUGAAGAAUCAGGGCGCUUGUGAGAUCAAGGAUCCGUGCACGAAACUGAAUUGCAGCCAGGGGUCGCAAUGCGUGCGAAGCAGGGACGGAAGCGAGGCAUCCUGCGAGUGCCUGGAAUCCUGUCCGAGUUUAGGGGAUCACGAGGGAUCGAGCCCCGUUUGCGGCACAGAUGGGACCGACUAUCCGUCUCUGUGCGAGAUGAACAGGGCCGCCUGCGCCAAGGGUGCCAAUAUCACGAUGGCGUUCCAGGGGAAAUGCGAUCCUUGCGGCAACGUGGAGUGCGUGGAGCCGGAAAUCUGUCAGCUGGACGAGUCGAGGCAGCCUGGCUGUCGUUGCGGCGAGCAGUGCGGCCUCGAGUUCGCCCCGGUUUGCGGAAGCGAUGGUAAAACAUACUCGAACGAGUGCAGCCUCAGGCAGGAAGCCUGCAGAUCCAGAUUAUCCCUGAGGAAAGUCUACAAUGGCGCGUGCAGCUCAGGAAUCAAUCCGUGCGACGAAGCGAAGUGCGGCUCCUACGAGCAGUGCGUGAUCAACCGACAGGGGAUCGCGAGCUGCGAGUGCGGAGCGGAAUGCGAGCCGGGGCCUGUGUGCGCGAGAGGUGGCAAGACGUACACCUCGUUGUGCGAGCUGAAGAGGCAGGCCUGUUUGACGAGGACCAACAUCGAGGUCGCCUACACGGGCACAUGCGGCUCAAGGGGUCCCUGCUCCGAGAAGAUCUGCCAGUGGGGCGCGAUUUGCGCGGAAAUCGGUGGGACGGCGAUUUGCGAGUGUCCAACCUGUCCGGCGGAAUUUCAGCCGGUUUGCGGAGACGACGGAAUCAGCUACGGAAACGAGUGUCAGCUUCGCCUGGAGGGUUGUAAACAUCGACGAGAGAUACGUGUGCUUUACCAGGGGCUGUGCAACGAGUGCGAGAAUAAGAAGUGCGAGUUUUACGCAGAGUGCAAGACUGACAAUGGUGGGGAAGCCAAGUGCGUUUGCCCGAGCAAAUGCGAGAUUUCGACGAAGGACGCCGCUCCAGCCGCGGAGAAGAUUUGCGGAUCCGACGGGGUAACCUACGCCAACGAAUGCGCGAUGAAAGUGGCCUCUUGCGCUUCUCGAGCGCUGAUCACCGUCAACUACGUGGGCGACUGCGAGCUUUGCGCGAGGGUUGAGUGCGAUCACGGGGCUCACUGCAUGGCCGGCGUGUGCGUGUGCCCCGACGAGUGUCCCGAGAGCAGCGGGGAGCCAGUGUGCGGCAGCGAUGCCAAAACGUACCCGUCGGAGUGCGAGUUGCAGAAGGCGGCCUGCGGAAGGGAUCCCAAAUUGCCAGUGUUGCACGUGAUAUUCUACGGCGAUUGCAGUGAACGAUUCGCCGUCGCGGCGCUCACCACGAUGUCGACGCCUGCGGUCGUUCGAUUGGCCACUACCGCGGUCGACGUGACCAGCACCCAGGUACGCGAAGCUUGCAAGAACAUUAACUGCGACUUCGAGGCGACCUGCGAGCUCGGCCCGGACGAUUAUCCAAGGUGCAGCUGCAAGUUCGACUGCGCGUCGAUAUCCCAGGAAAAUAUGCGCCCUGUUUGCGGCAGCGAUCUCAGGACCUAUUCGUCCCUCUGCGCCAUGAAAAUGGAAGCUUGCCAGAGGCAACAAGAGCUAAGACCCAGACCCCUAGAUCUUUGCCAAGGUAUGGAAGUGAAACCUUGCAAUGGCGAUCCCCCGUUGGUGGACGCGGAUGGAAAGGAGUACGAUUGCGGUAACGGUCCAGAACGACGAGAUUGCCCCAGCAACAGUUACUGCCAUCAGACCACGCGAUUGGCACGGUGCUGUAGAAAAGCCCAAGGAACCCAAGUCGUCAAGUGCUCGGAUUCCUGGCAUGGCUGCUGUCCGGAUGGCAAGACAGCAGCGCGAGGACCCAAUGGCGCAGGUUGCCCGAGUUUGUGCAAUUGCAACAGGUUAGGCAGUGUUUCUGACACCUGCAAUCCAGAGACCGGACAGUGCGAGUGCAAACCGGGCGUAGGCGGCCUGAAAUGCGAUAGAUGCAUGCCCGGUUACUGGGGUUUGCCUAAAAUCAGCGAGGGCCAUCAAGGAUGCAUACCAUGCGGCUGCUCUCUUUUCGGCUCCGUCAGAGAGGAUUGCGAGCAAAUGACUGGUCGUUGCGUCUGCAAACCGGAUAUCCAGGGUCAAAAAUGUACCAUUUGUACCGAUCACAACAAGAUAUUAACCCUUACCGGUUGCUACUCAGCCGACACGAUACCGCCGAUACCCACGUCUUGCAACGAGCUGGAAUGCUAUUCUGGCGGCCAAUGUUCGGAGAUCGGUGGCCCGCACUGCGUUUGUCCGUCGUCUUGUCCAUCGGACAUACCGUCCGUGCCGGUUUGCGGUAGUGACGGACAGACAUACGACAACGAGUGCGAGCUCAGGCUGUACGCUUGUCGCCACCAGGCGGACGUGGUCACGCAGGCCUUUGGCCACUGCAGAGACGAUCCAAUGGUGAACACGGACUUCCCCGUUAAAAGGUACACGGCGGUGCAGUACACCCAACCGGCGGCCGCCAUUUCACCUUUAUCGAAAUCUACCAGGCAUCUGUUGGUGCCGGAACCGGAUCCACGCUAUUUUUACACUCACAGGGCCCAUCAAGAAACCAUCACGAUCGACAGGGAUAAUUUAAAGCACGGAGUGGCAGCCGCGUACAGACCUACCCCGGCAACGAUCCGCGUGGUCACCGCUUUGCUGGGAGACUUGUGUACCGACGACAAGGAUUGCACCAUUCCAAACAGCGAAUGCUCGAACGGGGGCUGCAUUUGCUCCGAGGGAUACGCGGAGACCAGCGACAGACAGGAAUGUUUCGCUAAUUACGUGCCCGUUACACCGACCGAGGAAUUCCGUGCCUGCCUGUCGUAUCCGUGUCACGCGACAUCGACCUGCAUCGAUCUUCCGAGCGCAACGUUCGUUUGCAUCUGUCGUCCAAAUUACACCGGCCGAUUCUGCGAGGAGAUGAACAAAAGGGAUUACGAGGUUGCGUCGUUCGACGGUAAGAGCUACGUCAGGAUGAACAGAUUGAAGGCUUACCACAAGUUCAGCGUCGAGGUCGAGUUCAAGACGUACGCCGACAACGGGAUUAUACUUUACAACCAGCAGAAGAGCGACGGCACCGGGGAUUUCGUCUCGUUAGCUAUCGUCGACGGACACGUGCAGUUCAGAUACAAUUUGGGGAACGGCCCCGUGGUUCUAACUUCCCCCGAAAGGGUCACAAUGAAGACGUUCCACAGCGUGGCGGCGAAGCGAUACCACAAGGACGGUGUUUUGAUUUUCAACGACGGGGAGGACGUGGUCGGGCAGAGUCAAGGAAUGCUGAAGUCGUUGGAUCUGAAUCAAGACACGUUCGUCGGGAAUAUGCCCACCAAUUACUCCAAGGUUUACGACAAUAUCGGCACCAACCACGGUUUCCUCGGUUGCAUAAGGAAGUUGAAGAUCAAUCGAAUCCACGUGGAUCUUCACGUGGGCCGCGACAAGGAGAUCUUGGAGACGUAUCGGGUGAAGGAGUGCGGGGAGAACGCGUGCGCCAAUCUUCCUUGCCAGAACGGUGCCACUUGCCAGCCGAUCUUCGAGGAGGAUCUGUGCAACGGCCACGAGUGCAGGAGAAUGCAGAAACGGGGGAAGGGGAGGAACAAGAACGGGAUGAACAUCGUGAGGUGCAAGGGGACCCAUUGCACCCUGGUCGAUCGCGAACGUAGGUCGAAGAAGAACGCGAGGAAACGUUGCGCCACGUCCAAGUGCGAUUACGAUUACGACGCCGAUUACGAGAACGGUUACGAGCACGGGAAUUACGCGGUUGAGAAAUACGAGCCGCCCAAUUACAGAUGCAUCUGCCCGCCUCAGUUCACCGGUAGGAAUUGCGAGGAGUCGUUGGACCCUUGCAUAGGAGAGCCUUGUCAGCACGGCGCCACCUGCGACAUUCUACCCCAGGGUGGUUACGUUUGCAAGUGCCCGCCCGGGAGGACCGGCGAACAUUGCGAAAUACUGGACGCGGAGUUGACGGAACUGUUGAUACCGGAAAUGUCUGGGGACGGUUUCCUCGAGCUACCAUGUUUGGAGGGCGUGGCGAAAGCGUUCUCUAUCGAAUUAUGGUUCCUCACGCACGCCAGCGACGGUUUGCUACUUUACAAUGGCCAGUUGAACAACGGGCGGGGUGAUUUCAUUAGUCUAAACUUGGUCCAAGCGAAACUCGAGUUCAGAUUCAAUCUUGGAAGUGGUAUCGCCAAUAUUACUUCCCCGGACCCGGUUACCCUCGACACGUGGCAUUGUGUUCGAAUCAGCAGGCUGGGCAGGGAGGGUGUUCUCCAAUUGGAUGAUGGAACGGUCGCAAGAGGUUUAUCGGGAAGUCCAUUAACGGAGCUGAACUUGGAAAUGCCUCUUUACGUCGGCGGUCUUAAACAUUGGCGAGAGAUUCAUCGAUUGGCUGGCGCAAGAACCGGAUUGGUAGGGGCGAUACAAAGAUUGAUGGUUAAUGGAAAAACUUAUCAGAAUCUAGCUGUCAAUGUUACUCAGCAUAACACGGAAAUCUACGACGGCCUACCGUGUCCAAGCAACGAAAAUCCUUGCCACAACGGUGGAGUGUGUCUACCUCUGUUGAACAGUUACCUGUGCAAAUGUGCUAGCGGUUACAACGGCCUUCACUGCGAAUUUUUCAUGGGCUACGACGUAUCGACGGAAUUAUCGGAGAGGCCGGUCCGUUUCAAGGGUGACAAUUUCUUGCAAUUCAGACACCGAAACGGAAGAAGUAGUACUAACUCGACUAAUACUACCCUCGGCGAGUACUUUGAGGAGUCCUACUCCGACUACGACUUGGAGGAGGAUGUCGACUACGAUUACGAGAGUUACGAUUACACGGAGCGCAAGGGUCAACAGUCGAAUAAAUUCGAGCUGAGAUUGAGAACCACGCACCCGGAUGGUCUGAUCGCCUGGAUCGGAAGAGGAAAAGUGGAGCAUCUGAUCUUGUCGUUGCACGGGGGCCAAGUAUUUCUCACGUACAAAAGCAAAAACGAGCAGAUAUCGUUGAGAAGCAGGGAACGGGUGGACGAUGGCGUGUUCCAUCAAAUCAGGGCGUCGAGAAGGCGAAGAACGUCGAUGAUACAGGUGGACGACUCCGCCCCUGUCAAGGUAUCGACAGAGAUAACCUUGCUAACGACGAACGGCAAGCUUUUCGUGGGCGGGAAGCCAGGCCAUCGAGGCAUCAAAGGGUGCGUGUCGGACUUCGUUGUGGACAAACGUCGUCUUCAACUUGGCAGGCGGAAGAUCGAGUACUGUCACGACAACGAUGUAUGAUAACGAAUCCCGGAAACGACGAUUGUCAACGUGACGUCGCCUCUGGCCACGCUUGUCGAGUGGACGACCCUCUUGUCCUCGACGAGUUAACACCAAGCCUAAAAACACGAGACAAAGACGGAGUGAGCGUUGGUGGUGUUCGUUUCUGGGUAAACGAGAGGGACGAGGAUUGAACGAUCGUGUAAGGAAGGGAAAAAAAGGAAGGAAGGAAGGAAGGAAGGAAGUGAAUUUCCUUCGUGGAAAAGGCCCAUCUUACCUAUCUACGUGGAUCCAAUAACGUAGCGAGCUAAUAAUAAUUAUUUAUUUUUCGUUUCGUUAUAGUUGUAGAAAGAGGAGAUUAUCCCGAUUAUUUCGUGUUAAUCGACGAAGCUAGAGAAGAAUUAAGAAGAAAGACCAGAGAGAAGAAACGAAAGGAUGUAAAGAGGAGUAAAGAAAAAAAAAGAGGUUCUCAUCUAAGGACAAUAAUAUAUUUUUAAGGUGGCGAGAUUAAAAAUAUACAUAUGUAUAUAUAUGUAUAUAUAUAUAUACAUAUAUAUAUGUGUGUGUAUAUAUAAAAUUUAACGCGUAUACGUAUAUAAGCGGGGUGAGGAAGAGAAGAAUGCUUGUGGAACUCGGUUGACUCGGGCGACAGAAGAAGAACAGUGGGGUAAAGAGGUUAGUAGAUUUUCGGGCGUGAAAGGGAUGAAAGUUAUUCGUUUAGACGUUUUAUUCUGUAAGUUGAAAUAUAUCGAAGCACUUAUAAAUGUUUUACGAUGCCAAGACUGAUUAAUGAAAGAAAUAAAAAGAAGAAGAAGAAGAAGAAGAAGAAAAAAAAGAAGAAAGCGAGGAUUAAAUAGCGGGAGUUAAAGGAGAAAAGAAAUAUAGUUAAAAGAGAACAAAAAAAAACAAAGAAAAAAAAAAGAAAAAACAAAGCGAUAAAUCGGUGUUAUGUUUGAGUGUUUCGGUAGAGAGAUUUAAAUGAUCGUGCAUUAUCAGAAUAUAGAAGAAUGUAUUUUAAAGGACUUGUUGAUUUACGCCAGUAGAGAAAAACACGAGGAAAAUAAAUAAGAAAAAAA